AUGCAAAUGUCUGUGAAAGCUACAGAGGAUCAUUGGGAAGGAAGAUGAUUUGAAAGCAGCUGGAGAUGAAACAGUAUUUCGGGGAGCAGAACUGGAAAGCUGCAGUGUUAAUACCAUGUUGCUGGUACAUUUCUUUGGAAAAGAAGGAAAGGAAAAACUUCGCUAUUCUGAGUUUUUCAGAUUCAUGGAAAAUCUGCAAACAGAAGUCCAAGAAAUGGAAUUCAUAAAGUUCUCAAAGGGUUUGAACGUCAUGAGAAAAGAAGACUUUGCAGAAUGGUUACUGUACUUCACUGAUGAGGAAAACAAUGAAAUUUACUGGCAGAAUGUGAGAGACAGAAUUGAGACUGGCGAGAAUAUCAGUUUGGAAGAAUUCAAGACUUUUUGCAAGUUUACAAAUAACCUGGAGGACUUUUCUAUUGCCAUGCAGAUGUUUACUGUAGCCAAUCGUCCUGUUAAACGGGCCGAGUUCAAGAGAGCAGUGAAGGUGGCAACAGGACAAGAACUCUCAGAUAAUGUUCUGGAUACCAUCUUCAAGAUUUUUGAUCUAGAUGGAGAUGACUGCCUCAGCCAUGGAGAGUUUCUUGGAGUCCUGAGAAACCGAAUUCAUCGAGGUUUGAGGGUACCACAACAGCAAGGCAUUCAAGGUUACUGGAAGUGCGUGAAAAGAGAAAGCAUUAAAGGAGCCAAAGAAGUGUGGAAGCAAACUGGGAAAAGUCCUUUUUAAAGCAGUCCAUUAUUCUCUUGCUAUAGGUGUUGUUAUUUGAGGGGGGUUGUCUGUCCUGUUUACAUAAUAGUUGAAUCAAAAAUACUCUUUUUUUUUUUUUUUUUACUGAAGUUCAACUUUAAAUAACCCAGAUUCUAAUGCAAUAGUUUUAUAUCAUUCUCGUGCAAUCAGUUUGGUUUACAGAACUGUUAUCACUUUUGACAUCCAUCCAGAAGUACUCUUGUUCUAGGGAAUAGUGUUGUUUACUCCUCUGUGGAGUCCGACCCUGCGCUGUAGCUGUAGCAUGCAGGAUAUGCAGGUUUUAAUAGUGGUCACUGGCAGGAACGUCACAGCAAUAUCAUCCCCUUUUGGAAGGGUGCACAUCAUCUCAGUUAGCCACUAACACAGCAGUUCUCUUCCCCUGGCAAGGACAGAGGUCCAAAGGCAAAACCACUUGCACAAUCCAUGCAAAUCAAGUUAUCCUAGAUCAAAAAGGAAAAUUCACAUGGUUCGUGCCCUCAUUAUUCUGAACUGCUCGUGUGCUAGUUCCUGGUGACCACUUGCACAAUCCAUGCAAAUCAAGUUAUCCUAGAUCAAAAAGGAAAAUUCACAUGGUUCGUGCCCUCAUUAUUCUGAACUGCUCGUGUGCUAGUUCCUGGUGGAUGAUUCCACCAGAUCCUGUGUGGGUGUCUGGUUUGUCUACCUUCAUUAUGAUAAUGUUAAACUGGAAAUACAAGACUGUUGAUACAGGCUUGAAAAGUUAUCCAUUGAUCUAUGAAUGUAGUUGAGUCUCUCAGACCUCUUCAACAAAUCAUAUAAAUGAGAAACAAAAAUCCUCGUUGUAUCAUAAAUAGCAGUAGCUACAAUUUGAGUUAUGGCUAUUUUGCUUUAAUUGUAUUGCAGAAGGUGAAUGUGUAACAAAUAGUUCCUUUAUCUUAGAAUUGUGUAAGGCUGUGAUGAGGAACGCUGCAGUAUCUCAGGAAUUCAAGGUUAUAAUAAGCAAGUGUUGGGGGAAUAGUAAGUCCAAUGAAAAAGUAAAUAAAAUUGUUUUUACUCCAAAAUGCAAAGUUAGACAUACGAUCUUAAACAAUAAACCAAGGAGCAAAUCAAAAUUAACAUUUAGCAAUUAUAGAUGAACAUUUUUAGCUAUAACAUAAUGUGCAUCUGUGUAUAUAAAGGUGUGCAUUACAUGUUUUUUCUUUCUUGUAUCCUUAGGAGCCAACAGCCCCAGGUCCAGAUCAGUCUUCCUGGUUGGCUGCUAUACAUAGGAGAUAGACUUAUCUAUAAAGCUCUCAAGGUUCUUCCUCUUUCCCUCUGCAAGUUGUCUGACCUGUUUUGGCUGGGGUGAAAGCUUAGACUUUCAAGACAGGUUUGUGGUAACAGGCUCAUAAGAUGGACUGGGAAAUGUCUCCAGAAAAACAACCAAGAAAUCUCACCACUCUUUGAGGAAGUAUCCGUCCCUUUUAAGCAUGACACUGGCUGUGUUAUUCUCAAAGUAGUAUAUAAGCUCAGCGGGAGGUGGUGUCAUUUCUUUGAGGUUUGGGUGAGGGAAGCCUUGAGAAGAGGGGAAUCUUUCAUGAUAGAUACCAGAGCAGCCCUCAGGUGAGGAACAGGAGAGACUGCAUUAGGAAACCAUAAAGAUCCCACCUACGGAGCACCAAGAUGACAGAGAAUGUACUUGGUCUGUUGGUAGGUAUCAGGCUGGCUUGUGCUGAGGAGGAGUCCUCCCACCCAAGCCUCAGCAUGGUGGGCUCUCCUGGGGAAACAGAGCGAGAAGCCAGCAAAGCAGCUCUUCCCUCCAUGGCCUUCUCUUGGAGCUUUAAUUUAAACUGUGUUAAAGAGAUCAUGCUUGUAUUGUUGUCAUCUGUGGACAUGCACCUAGAGCCACCCACCAGAACAAGAGCAUGCCUGUGUGGGUGUCCUGAGCCCUGUCUAGAAGAUCAGGUACCCGUGACCACCAAGGAUCCCCUUACUUCCCCAGGAAACCAUCAGAAUGAAAUAAAAUGCAGUGAACACCUCAGCCUCCCCCCACAACUGAACUCAUGCGCUGCUCUGGGGCAGCGGGAGAUAAGAGACCUGGUGUCCCUUGGGUGUUUGCAAGUUGCUUGUAUCUUCUGGUGAUGGGAGCUGUGAGUAGAGCUGAUGGCAGCGCGCGUGGGGCGGUGGGACUGGCAUCAAAGUACGGCAGCCCGCUCCGCGUCACCAAAUAGUAAAGAGCACAAUCGAGCAAGACAUGUCUGUAUCACAGAAGUGUGUGUUUCCACCCAGAGUGUGCUGUGGUCCGGCUCUGGCUUUAAUGCAAAGCUGCCUUUUACUUGCUGUUGUUACUAUUUAGGCAAAUCAUUUUUACUUUGCAAUGGAGAUUAUUCUUUAACAUUUUAUUCUGUGAAACGUUAACAGGUUUAUGAUGUUUUGUAUUGCUUAUGUGGUUUCUUUUGUUUACCAAUGACUUGGUUCCUACAAGCUGUUUGGUUUUCUUUUGAAAAAGUCAAUUCAUUUAGUUUUCGUGUAUCUAGAAGUUGAAUUCCUCAUUGCUCAUUGUAUCUGGGCUUGUGCAAUCAGCAGUAUCUGCUUUUGGCAGCAAGCAAAACCUUUGAGUUCAGAGGAAAAAGAAAACAGAUAUGCUUAUUUUUAAGUGAACUUCAUAUUGAUUAGGAGUUAAAAUGGAGUUGUGAAACGUUUUCAGAAGAAGUUAUCCUGAAAGUACAGCCAGGAAGGAACUCCUCUGAAGGCCUGGGAAGACUUGUCCCUCAGGCUUGAAGAAUCAGACUGUUUAAUUUUAUAGUCUAUUUUCAUUUGUCUUAACCAAAAGGCUUUACAAAACAGUCUUAAAAUAAUUUCUCAUGUUCUUAUUUCUCAUAAUCUUAGGUUGAAAGAGCUAUUUCAGUGUUUAGAUAGACCUUGUCUUUUAAGGAAGCCAUCCUAGUUUUAGCAUUACCUGGUUUAGUUCCUUUUAGUAGCUGUGUGGUAUUGUCAGCCUGCCCAUCAGCAUUAUUCAACACAAUUUAGUUAAAAGUUUACGGCAACCAAAUAAAAUAUAUUUUUUAAAUCUCCAA